GCUUUUACGGUUUCUGAAUGUUGUUGAGUCGCGGUCUCUAAAGCUUGUGGUGGACAAAGCGAGGACCGACCCACUUAUAUCGUACCUCGGACUCUACAUGGAUAAGUUUUCGGGUUCUAGUAGAAACACAACAAAGAUAACAAUCACAAGGACACUAAAGGAAGAGCAGCAACUACAUGAUUUGUAAGAAAUAACUCUCAAGGAUUCAUCACAUAAGUGUUAGGUAUUCUUGAGAAUAUCUAUGUGCAUCAAGUCAUAUAUGUGUCACUAUCAAUUCUUAGAAAGCCCUAAAGUUAAGAGACAUGGAAGCCACUGAAACGGUUCUUUGCACGUUGCUUGCCGUCGACCUCACAGAUUAUUGCUAUAGAGUUUGUUCUCGCUGCCAGAGAGUUCUUCCUUCAGAUAACAAUGGCUUUGCUUCUUCUUCAUUUUGCAAAUUCUGCAAAUCAAAAGAACCAAAACUUCUCUAUCGGAUUCUCAUGUCAAUAGCAACAGAUGCAUCAGUGAAAACUGUGAUAUGCUUUGAUAGAGCUGCAACUGUUCUCUUUGGUUGUUCAGCUGAUGAGUUCUUCCACUUCACUAAGCUCAAUCCAUUAGCCGCAUCAAUGGUGAAUCAGGUCUUUGAUGGAGAAAUGCUUAGGAUGACGUUAACUCGGCCUCAAAACCGAAACGCGCAACACAUGAGAGUCGCUUCAGUUGUUCCUCUACGAUCAGGAGUUCAGCCUGCAAUUGUAACCUUGAGACAGAUUUGCACAAAGAAUGCUUCUUUAGGGAAUUUUUCUACAACAAAUCACAGUUCCUAAUGUUGGAGUACACAUAUAAAAUGCUACUAUCACAAGUUGUUUGAUAUCUUUUCUUACACUUCAUUUUGUCCAAAAUAUUCUCUACUUAGGCUAAGUUCCUCCUUGGAUUAUGUUCUAAUUUGGUUGUUAGAAAAUGACUUAAUAGUGGAUGUGGAAAAGUUUAAUUAAGUCUCACCUAAAGUUCAUUUGGUGAAAUUCCU